UUUGGAGAGAAUCUAAUUAUCUAAUUAUUAUUGUUUUCAAUAUAUAUUCCCUUUGAAAUCCAGUUGUUGGGUCGGAGUGAGUGUCAUACCUGCUUAUUGGAUAAGUGAACGAAGGGAGUGAAGCUGCAAAACUAGGCCACACAUCAUAUAAUCCCCCCUCUGCUUUACUCUUGUCCUACUGACUCAACUGGUUAGCACUUUUAAACCUCGUAAAGUGACCAAUUAAGACGUUUUGCAUCUUGCAUAAAUACCUAUGUGGCAGUAUUAGAUUCCUUGAUUUAUCCACCUGGAAUACUUUGAAAAGCAUCAACACUUUCUUAGAGACGCUCUGCCUCCAUCCUGUCAGUUCAGGCGCUACUCAACCCUGACUUCCUGUCUACCUUGAGGUCUCUGAGGCCCACCUGCGCUGCAUGUGUCUCUCAUUAGACCUGUGAAGCAGACACUGAUUAGUAAAAAAUAAAAAUAAAAAUUGUAAAAUAAAAAUUGUUACGUAAGGCUAAAUUGUGCAACAAAAACAUCAUCUCUUAUUUCAAGGAUUAAUGAAACCAGUGAAAAUAAAUAACAUCUUCCCUUGGUUUUCACUAGGAAAAGAAUGCAGAAAAAAAAAAUUUUCCCCAGCUUUGCUCUUUAAAGUUCUUGAGGUAUUGUGUUGGUUACAGAGCUGGAUCUCUUAUUGCAUUUAUAAUGAAAUAAAAAGAUUCUUUUUUUUUCACAGUUACAACUAAAUAUCAGAAGUUGCAUCCUAGAUAGCGUUUGUGUUUGGAUUCUUACCUGACUGUGGAGGUUAUUUGUCCCUUCUCCAUUUUGUGCCCUCAUGUUGUACCUAUUUAGUGCCAUUUCAUUCUUUUCUACUUUCAGGGUUUCCGCCAGUGUAUUUUAAGCCUGGCGGGCCAUCAGGCUUUCCUUGUGCCCCCACCAGGCUAAGCAUUGCUUAUUUAUUUGCCAGGUGCAAAACUUCCAAAACUAGAAACUUCAAAAUAGUAUUGUGAAGUGGCAAACAUAGCAAUUUUGUACAUCUCACAUUAAGCACUUCAAAUAACUGCAAUUUUCCUAAUGAAACUCAAAUGUAUGUUUUAAUUUCCUUAAAUAGUAAGAAGUUUUAUUUUAUGUGCUUUCGCAUGACUCCUCAGAAUUGCAGCUUAUUGCCUCUUUGUGCAAACAAUUGAUUUCUUCUUUUACAUACACCUCCACUCUAACACACAGAGAUUAUUAGGCAGGAUUUUCUUUCUAUCCUUAGCAUUGCUCCUCCUCUCUUCUCCUCAGCUUCCCUCCCACAUCCUUCUGUCCAAUUACCGGCUGCCAUUUUACCUCCAGCCUUCCUACAGACUCCGUCUUGGUUUUCGAUUUGAGCUGCAGGGAAAACUACACAACUAGAUCUUGUCUUUAAAAUGUUUUUUUAAAAAUCACUUCAGUGGUACCAGUAUUGGUCUUGACUUGACCAGUCAGUCUCUGCAAAGCCAUCCGUAAAUUUCAGUUCAGCUUUUCCACAUCUCUUUGGACCAUGUUUCCUGACUGUGUAUAUCUGACAUCAGACCAUGCAGUCAGUCCAGACAGGGUUGUGGGACCCCCACCCCCUGUAUAAACAUGCCUCGCCUCUGCCUGCGCCCCCUACUUCCAGUUCGCGCCACGCCCAUGUGACCACAGCUGCCCCGGCCAAGCGGAUAACUUUUUACAAAAGCGGCGACAGCCAGUUUGGGGGCGUCAGGAUGGCCAUCCACAAGCGCAGCUUCAAAUGCUUUGAUGCCCUGCUGGACGACCUUUCCCAAAAGGUGCCCCUCCCGUUUGGAGUGCGGACUGUGACCACUCCCCGAGGUACGCACACCAUCAAACACCUGGAGCAGCUCCAAGAUGGUGGCUGCUACCUCUGCUCUGACCGGCGCCAGGCUAAGCCCAUUAACAUGGACCUGGCCAGUAAACACCAAGGCAUCUGGUACCAUCACAGUCGGAGGCCUCAACGUCCUGAAGCGUCCUCUGGGACUCCACCUGGCCACUUGAAUUUGCCUUACAGGCAGAGGCGGAUUCUGCUGGUGAAGAACAGCGAGCCGGGGAUGAGGCGCAGCAUUGUGCUGAGCAGGAGGUCCACCAGGAGUCUAAGAGCUUUCCUAGACGAAGUGUCCGAGGUUAUGCAGUUUCAUGUUCGCAAGCUGUACACUGCAGAAGGACGCAGGAUUGACAGUGUGCAAAGCUUGUUGACUUGUCCUGGUGUUCUGGUGUGCGUUGGCCGGGAAGCCUUCAGCCCUAUGCUCAUAAACUUCAUAAGGAAGACUUCAGAGGAAAAGUUGCCUGGUCUGGGGAGCAAGUCUCCAGGCCUCGGUCCAAGGAUUCCUGGUAACGGUGCCAGAUCUCCUGGAGCACAAGCCAUAAGGUCCCCACCUCAUGGAGCUCAGUCCAGAGCCAGUGAAUAUGAUGAAGGAAAUGAAAGCAAGAAAAAUGUUAACUUUGGUUUGGAAACAAAGAAGAGCAUCAUCCACCCUCGAUCCGAUUCUUCAAAUCGGUCUGCUCGCUUCUCUUUGUCGUCUGAAAAAUCGUAUGGCGUCUUCUCCCAAGCAAGGCCAGCUAUAACGAAUGACGACAUUGAAAAGCGUGUCCUUGUUAAUAAAGACGGCAGCCUAUCAGUAGAGAUGAGGGUGCGUUUUCGCCUCCAAAAUGAGGAGACCGUUCAGUGGUCCACACAGAUUAAAAAAUCGCCCUCUCUCUCCAAUGAUUGUUGCCCCCUGAGCCAAGCUCAACCGCAUUACUUGCAGCAAGGCACAUCAGAAAGCUGUUCUGACCCCGAUUCAACAUCCUAUGAGGGUGUGGAUUAUUCCAGCCGGCCUCUGGAGCGUGUGUUGUUGGAGAACCAGUGCCAAUGUUGCUAUCAGAGACACGAACGGCAGUUUGAUUUGUGGGAAAACCCCACGCACAAACACCCUCCUGCCCCACCCAUUCAUUCAUCAAGUCACGCUGUGAUGAGACAAACACACUCGUCAAGCUCCUCCUCUUCAUGCAAUUCCAGAAGAGUGAUUCGGUGUCGAGCACGGGUCUCCGGGUCUCCAGGUGGCUCUGGCUCAGAGCAGAGCCAGUUGGUCCAGAAAGAGAUGUGUCUAACAGAGCAGGUGGAGGAAAGAGUAGAAGUGGCCCAAGACGGGGACACUCAAGUUGAGGUCUGCAAAGUUAGCCGAUGCUGCAGUCGGACAGAGGUGGUUGCCAUAGAUACCAACAUUCGACCACCCAGUGGAAAGUCAGUGGAGGGCGAGGUGAUGAUGGGGGAAGAUGAAAUCCGACCACUGUCUACAGUCAGCAGCUCUUCGCGUAUUUUACAGUCAUUGAAAGAAGACCAGGAUGAUGAAGAGGAUGAUCUGCCACCCAGCGCUUCCCAGUGCUCCCACAGAAAUGAGCCAUCCCCCACUCCUACCCCAGUAAAUCACCUGGGUGAAGGUCCAUCAAGCAACAUCUCCACCUGUUCAGUCCAGUCGCUCAAAUGCCAGGAGCAGGAAGAAAAUGCAGGAAGCAGGGCUUUGUCUUCAGCUUCAUCCUGCCACUGUGGAGAAACUAACCCUCACUCAACAGCUGAACCAGAUCAGACGGAUCAAGUCCCCAGUUCAAUGUCCCAGGAACCCAAGUACCAAGCAUCAGAAGAAGAAGCGGCAGCUGCAAUUGACAAUGAAGUAAUUAACAGGGGUCUUAGUGGCUUAUCCCAUAACACAGGACUUUCAGCAGCUUCUCAGAAAUCAUGGACAUCCAAUGUUUGCUCAAAUUGUGGAGGCUGCAAAUGUGCAAACAGCGCAAUGUCAGCUCAGACUGGUUUGUCUGCUAAGUCCAAGUGCACAACCGAAGCUCUACUUCAGAACACUGCAGAACGAACAACCAGUUCCAUGUCAAAUAAAUCCGGUGCCUCAGUCAAGUCCCAUAAAUCUGGCUGCUUGUCAGUUGCUAAAGAGGUGUCCCCGUCAAACAAAACAGUUGCAGAAGAAGGCGACACAGACAAAAGAGCUCAGAGUAGCCUCUCUAUGAAGUCAAAUGCAUCUAACAAGUCUGGAAAGGCCGAAAGUGUCCUGUCGAAUAAAUCAGAUAAAUCCAAGGCUUCAGCAAGAUCCAGCUCAUCUUGUAAGCAAUGUGGGAAAGCUCUAACUCCAGAAAACAAGGAGAAAGAUGAACUGAAUGGCGUAAUAGAAACAAGGGAAGAAUCAGGAGUGGAGGACAGAUCGGCAAGUGCACUGUCAGCAACAUCAAAACUGUCUGCCCAUAGGUCCACUGAAGCUUUGGAAAAAUCCACUUCCCCCAGGUCAGAAACUGGGGAGGAUGCAGAAGAAAUCGCAACCAGUCAAAUGUCUGGAAGAUUAUCUGUUCAUUCCACAAAAUCCUGCAAGUGUAAUGAUAACAGCAAAGCACCGUCUCCAGCCUUAGAAAUGGAAAACAAUGCAGAAGAAAUGCAGCCCAGGCCAGAAAGCAUAAUAGAAGAUAAUUUAGAAAACAGGUCAACCAGUCCCAGGUCUUGUAAAUCAAAUUCUUCUGCAAAAUCACACAAGGCAGUUGAAAACAGAUCCCCGAGUGCUAAUUCACAAAGAUCACACACCUCUGCUAAGUCCUCACAGUCAAAGAGGUCAAACCAACCAAAAAAGUUUCAGAAUGACCCCAAUCUUACUUUGACUGAGACAAACAAGGAGGAGACUGACAUUGAACAUCGUGAGGCUUUGGAGAGCGCCAUGUCUGCAAAAUCAAAAUCUUCAGUCAAAUCUGACGUUUCUAGUAAAAAUCCCUCAGCUACAAAUGCUGUCACCAUCAAAACACCAGAAGGAGCUGAUGAGGCAAAAGAAGGAGAACCUGAUUCUGAUGUUGCUUGUAUUGAAACAUCACAAGCCGGUGACAACGAGGAUGAUUCUGCAAUAAAAGGCACAUAUACUAUAGACCCUGAUGGCCAAACACUCUCACCAAAAAGAAAAGCUUCAUCCCGCUCACAUUCCCCCUCCUCCAGAGGUUCUCAAUCCCCUGUGCUAAAGUUGUCACCAAGCUCCGGUGCUGGUGAGCAAAGAGGGCUCAGUUCGUUGUCUGUUCACUCUGAAACCUCUGGCAAAGUAAGCAGAUCCAGGUGUCGCUGUGAAACAGCCUCACCCGUUGAAAAGGAAAAUAAAGAAGAAGACAGAAAUAGUGAGGGAGCUCAGUCUUGCUCCUCAAAAAGACAAAGGAAAGAAUCAGGAUGCACGGAUCAACCUUUGAGUCGUAACACAUCAGGCUUGAUAUCUUUAGGGCUGCAAGAGGAUCAGGAAACGGCUGAAUCAGACUGUGGCAAAUCUAGUGUCUCUUUUUGCAAUGGCGAGAGGAAAAGCCCUUCUCUCCACAAUCCUCCAGUGGUUGAUAUUCCAACAAUUGAAACACCCAGAGAAGGUGAAAAGGGUGAUGAAGACGAUGGGGAACAACCCACUGAAAGGCCACCCAGUGCAACGACAGUCCAAAGCAGCAGGUCUCAUAAAUCCUGUUGUAACUGUAGUGUCAAAUCAUCAGCUCAGUCUAAGGGGAAAGCAGAAAGCGUGAAAUCUGCUGCAACAACAAAUGCUCGCAAAAUGGACACCCCAAAGAGCAGGAGCUCAUCUGCAAUGUCAGGCACACAAGUUUGUGGGAAAUCCCCUUCUGAUGCGACUUCUAAUGUUCUUACAAGUACUGAUGCUGACAACCAGAAAACCAGUAGACCAGGAAGUAAGACCAAAGGAGAAGAAGACAAGACAAGUGUCCACUCCCAAAGUCCCUGUGGUCCUAGGCCUGAGUCAACAGCUUCGGUGCAGUCAGAGACAAAAAGAACUUCAGAGGAGAGGAAUGUGGCUUUGGGGUCAGUCAAAUCUGGAGAUCACAAAUCCCACAAAGGAAGUGAGUGUGGAAGUACCAAAAUUUCCAGUUCCAAGCAAAAAGAAACCCCUUCCAAAUCAACAAGUCCUUGUUCCUUACACAGCCCCAGACCGGCCAGUAAAGUCAAACCAGGUAGCGGAAGCACCUUGUCUCACUCUCUGUCUGCUGCCGACCUACUGAAGGAAACCUUGGCUGCUGCUCGCCAGCAAGACUGCCAAUCAAAAGCCAGUAAAACCAGUGAGAAGGCCCACAGCGAGAAGAGUGGGAGGUCUCAGAGGAGCAGAAGUCGAAAGGAUCGGGAAGACGUGGUGGAAAUGACGCCUGAGUGUUUGCCCAACGCAUCUCCCAAUGAAGUUGUUAGCGACUGGCUACGGAGCAUCCCUGCUAAUACUAGCAUGCUCACACUGGAUAAUGACUUAAAUGAUGAAGAAACUGAGGAGGGGGCAAAGGAAAUGGAGGAGACACCAACAGAAGAGGUAGGAACAGGGGAGAUGAGUCCGAAAGACGAGAAGGUGGAAUUGGAGGAAAAAAUAGAGCCACAAGAGGAGGAAAAGAAGGAUGAAGCCGAAGGUGAUGGAGUCGGUCCGACUUUAGGCGAUACAGCGGAGAUUUCUUCUCGUUCCAGGAAUUGGCAUUCAUCUGCCGCAGUGAUGAAAGUCCUCCUGAGCUCGUCUCUGGGUCGAUGUCGGAGCAUGCCUGAGGUGUCUCCAGUUUACGGCCGCAGACUGAGCACAUCAGCCAGGGGGCUUUUGGACUGCUUGGCCCAGCUGCAGCUCAUUGAGCCUGCAGUUAGCAGUCAUGAACAGAAGGACCGCAAGCAGCAGUAUGACAAGAUUAUGGCCAUUCUUCAGUCCCUGUGGCUCACCGAGCCACACAACAUCAACAUCAAGGACACUAAAGACGGCGGCACAGACCAGGUGACUCCACCGAGGUCCUCAUCUGGAGUGGGAAUGAGCAGUGGCUCGGGCGGAUCAGGUGGAGAGAAAAGCAAUGGGAACCGAGGAGAAGAUGAACCACCCAGGAAAGAAACCGAAUCGCUGCAGGAGGAAGAGGCGGCGGAGAAGGUUGUUGAAGAGAACGAUGGAAAUGCAGCAGCCGAACAAGUCGAAGCAGAGACAGAAGUUGAGGAAACAAACCAAACAGACACAGCUGAGGAAGUGAUGAAGAGUGAUGAGCAAAGUACUCUUCCUCCUGAUAGCUCAAAAGCCACUGACAACCCUUCGUUAUCGCAAAUGAGCUCUCCCAACGACAGCUCCAAGUCCCCCACAGACAACGAAAGAGACACGCAGGAGGAAUCCAGCUCAGGGACUCCUCCCUCUGCUCCUCGGCCACCCUUAUCCAAACGACUAUCCCAAGACCCCGAUCCGGUUUGGGUUCUUCACCUCCUGAAGAAGCUGGAAAAGCAGUUUAUGAGCCACUACAUUGAGGCCAUGGAGGAGUUUAAAGUCCGCUGGGACCUGGACGACAGCCUCAUCCUGGACACCAUGAUCUCAGAGCUGAGGGAGGAGGUGAGCCGCCGCAUCCAGAGCAGCAUCCAGCGGGAGAUGAGGAAGAUCCAGAGCCGAGCCGGGAAAGUGGGGAGGUCGCCUCGGCCACCGCAGCUAGCGAACAUGUCAAGGGAUUCUACCAUGACAGAGAGGAGGCGCCGUAUCCUGAAGGUGAUGAAGAACCAGUCAGUGAAAACCGCAGAGUCUCUCACUGAUGAGGAAAUGGUGGCUGAUUUCAGUGACCAGCGAAGCGACGACGAGUACUGCCCCUGCGAAGCUUGUGUCCGCAAGAAAAUGGCCGCCCGGCCUUUCAAGAAGAACCCAUUGGCGGCUGAAGCUCCUGUGAUGAUGGAGUUUGACCUCCUUAAGAUCCUUCAGCUCAAGAAAAGCCCAUUGCCUCCUUCUUCUGUGCCGAAACCUGCUGAGGAGGAACGGGCAGCUGCAGACGAAGAAGGAAGGAAUCUAGAGGUAGUCGAAGAAGAAGAGGAGGAAGAAACCAAAGAGGAUAUAAAAGCUGAUGUUGUGUUAGAGGAGACAAUACCAGAGGAAGACGAGGAGGAAGAGCAGGAAAAAGAUGAGGAGAGUAGAGAUAGAGAACAGGAAAGAGAGGAGAAUAGUGCUGAAGAUGAGGAGCUGGAAACAGAUGAGCAACAAGAGGCAUCAGAAAAUGCAGAGGAGGAUGAUGAAGGACUGUGCACUUGUCAGUCUGAGAGCAACAAAGAAGAAGAGGGCAAAGCGGGGGAAACGAGCAACUGCACAGAUGAAGGAGAGACAGGAACGGGAGAAGAGGAGGAGGAGGAGGAGGAGGAAGAAGAGAGUGAUAGAGAGACGGUGAAGGAGGCAACAACAGGCGACAAGGAGGCGGAAUCGGAGGAUGAUACAUCAGCGACUAAUGGAGAGCCGACACCAGCGGAGGAGAUGAUGCGGGGAAACGUCGGCGCAUCUGCAGAGGAGGAAGACGAAGGCACAGGAGAGGAAGAGGAAAAACAGGAAGAGAGUGAGGAGCAGGAAAGAGAGGCUUCUGAGGAGGAGAGAGCUUCACCGCAGAGCCAGGGUGUGAUUCCCGCUGCAUGCGUGACGGAGGGCGAAGAGGCAGACGCCGAAGACUCUGAUGACAGCAAGGGUCACGGCGACGCCAGCGCUGACGAAUCAGCACCGGAGGAGGCCGCCGGCUCCGGGGAAGAGGAAGCAAAAAGCAGCAGAGAAGAUGGACAGGAAGAUGCAGUGGAGGAGUUUAGACCUGAGCAAGAAAGUGAGGAGGAGGCAGCGGCCAAAGGCAAAAACGAGGACGGGACUCUGCUCCACCAGUUCACCAGAACCUCGGUGGAGUCCCAACCUGGAUCGAUGGAAGACGUGGACAUGGAUUUACCUUCAAACUCUAAAAUGGUCGACAUAAAUGGCCAUAAAACCAAAGAGUGAGGAGACUCUUCCAGGAACUGCACUCAGACAUUUGGUUUAAGACUCUCUUGAACACUUGAAGCACUUUAACUUCUCCAGAUUUAACAUAGACGUUGUCAUCGUGACUUGCUGAAGUUUUCACAUGUUAUCAUGUUACAAUCUCAAACUUCAAUCUGUUUUAUUGGAGUUUGAUGCAAUAGAUCAUAAUUAAAUCAGUUCAAAUGAAAAUUAAAUCAGUUAAAAUCUAUUUCACUUAGAAAAAUGUUGUCUGGAUUAUUGUGGAUUAAAUGCAGAUUAUUCAAACCAGAUUAUACAUAAAUUUCCCCAAAUUCCUCCAACAUUGAAUUUUACACGUUUUUUAAGAGACAUAUUUCUACUAAGUAUUGACCGAAUGGGAUAAACAUAAAUUCAUGCCACACUUUUCUAAUAUUUUUGUAGAUAAAUAUGGAAAACUGUACAUUCUUCUCCUUCACACAAUAAUCCCAAGAAAAUACAUUGAAGUUUGUGGCUGUAACAUGACAAAAUGUGAAAAAGCUUAAGAAGUAUUAAGAUUUUUUUUUUUUUUGCAGCACACUGAUUGUAGAAACCUGAAACUUGAACUUGAAGAACUUUUACUGAAACCAUAUAACUUCUUAUAUUUGUUUCAAAGUUAAUCACAAGUAUUGAGAAAUAUGUUGAAAAAUUUAUGGAUAUUUGACUUAGGUUUUGUUGACCAGAGGUUGAACAUAAAUCAAAUCAUAGCCAAUCAUAUUUGAAGUACCUCAGAUGUUUUGUGUUUUUUUCUUUUAGUGAAGCUCGACAGAACCACUUCCUGCUGGUUCAUUUCUUUUUCUUUUUCUUUUGUUUGUUUCAUGAAGUACAUGCUGUAUUCCCAGGGGUUUGGACAGCCAGCUUGCUUUUAGGCAGAUCAUCUCCAAGCUAUUACUUAACUACCUAAAUCUGUACCCUGCUGGCAAGUCAGCUGCUUAAAUCUGCAAAAAACUCUGUGAUGUAAGUUGAUUACCUAAAAGAAAUUUGGAUCUUGAGAAUGAUCUUCUCUGCUUUCUCAACAAUUUGCUGCUUUGUUUGACGAAAGCCUCUUAUUUCUGGUCUGAUUAGGUGAGAGGGGGUGUGUGCCUACGCUGCUACUGGUUCUAAUGUGUGUCCAUUAAUCUGGGUCAUCACUAAUAAAACUAAACAUUGUGUACUUAGAGCUCACCGAUAAACAGUACGACUGUAGUCGUAACGACCUCAAUAAAAAUGAAUAAACAAAUGGUCGUUUUCA